UUGGAUGACUCUUACUGAGGAACCUUCUUCAGGCAAGGGUAAAAACCCGCUGCUGACGACGAUUAAGAACGGACUACCGGCCGUGUACGAACUAGACGGCUACGUCGACCCUGAUGAAGAACAUAAACCAGAUGGAUUUUACACAGACGAGAAGGAUCCGACGAAAUACUUGAACAUUUCCGAUGGCAUCGUAUACGAGGUACAGUGCCCGCCCGGUCUGGUGUGGAACCAGGAGAAACGGCAAUGCGACUGGCCCCAGGCGCAAAAUGCUAAUCCGAAUUAACACGAUACGUCGACUUAGCUACAAGAAAGAUGGAGAUCUCAAGAGAGAUCAAGCCGAAGCUGAAAUAUAGUACAUCUGCAUCAAAACAUGACUGAACUAGUAGAUCUAAACCAGACGAUAUUUGAUACUAGAAGAUAUAUGAACCAGAUCGAGGUUAUGUGAUACUAAAACCGUCCUUUCUACUAAGAUUUCCUUCUUUCCGUGGAACAUUUUGAGUUUCGCGCUGAAUUAACUAUUUCGCACAGCGUCCCCUUUUUUUAGUCAGACCCGGAUCGGAGAAUCUCUGAUCACGUACGCCUCUUUUUCGCAUAUCGUUUACAUGUUUUACCGACGUUUGUGCUCAUUAUCUUCUAACACAGAGAACAAUAACGUUACCAUACUGUGUUUAUGCCGUCGUAGACUAAAUGAAAAUGUGUGCGUGCGUGCGUGCGUGCGUACGUGUGUGUGUGUGUGUGUGUGUGUGUGUGUGUGUGUGUGUGUGUGUGUGUGUGUGUGCACGUGAAUAAAGGUUUUUUCGUUAGUAAAAAAAAUCGGAUUAGGAUCCGAUUUUUGAAUCUCAAUUAAGGUCCUAUCUACUUUUACCAAGUGCCAGUAUUACUAUAAUAGCAUUAUCGAGUAUUGAUCCUGCGUAACCCUACGUCGAGUGUUGACUGAAGAAAUAACGAGUCAAGUUGCGCCUGAAAUUGUUUAGAAGAUUUGAAAAUGCUCAUCUGUUACCGUUUGUAUGCCGUGUGACGUGUAUGUACGCGAUGCAAUAUCCCACUAACCUUAACACGCGGCGUGAUAUGGCACGCCACUAAAUACGAGACGCCAAAAUAUACUAUCGCUGUAUACACUACCGUGAUAGAUUUGUGGCAACACGCCCAUGUACCACACCAUUGUCGUACACACAUGUCGUGGACGCCACGCGAGUAGAUUACAUAGCGUUUAUUACGCGAAUAUAUAGCAAAACGCAUAUCAUGAUCAGCACUGUUAA